AUGGCUGUACUCAUUGACGCUGAACGGGGAAGGCGUUUCGACUUGAAACAACCCCAUUGUUUGAUUUAUUCCAUCCGACCCAAAGCCGAUUAUACACUGGAUGAUUCAUAUUGGAAUGAAGAGAACCCAGUUGGCGAGGUUGAGCGGCUGUUACGCGAGUACAAACAGAACCAAGAUCUAGUCCGCAACAUCGGCGCUCAUUACUACCAGAUCAUUUAUCCUGUGCAGCUGCGACACCACGAGAAAAUGGGCAUCUCGACGCGGGACACGAGUGCGCAGAAGGGCCGUGGAUUUGGUUCAGACUAUCAACAGGGUACGAGAUCGCGCAGUAGGACUGGCAAACACUUUCAUCGCACAUCACUCCUCAUCAAAGCUUUCAAUCAUAAGUUUAGACUGGACCUCGAGCUUAACACGUAA